AGGAACCUGGGAAAGAAGACAGUCUCAGCAAUGAAUAGGCCACCUAUCUCUACCAACUACAGAUGACCUGCCAUUUCAUUGACAAAGAUGUCGUCUGCUGCUGAAAAUGGAGAUGCAGCACCUGGAAAACAAAACGAAGAAAAAACCUAUAAAAAGACUGCGUCAUCUGCUAUUAAAGGUGCUAUUCAGCUGGGAAUAGGAUACACAGUGGGUAAUCUCACUUCCAAGCCAGAACGAGAUGUUCUCAUGCAAGACUUUUAUGUGGUGGAAAGUGUGUUCCUACCCAGUGAAGGGAGCAACCUGACCCCAGCUCAUCACUACCCAGACUUCAGAUUUAAGACAUAUGCUCCACUGGCAUUCCGAUAUUUCAGAGAACUUUUUGGUAUCAAGCCUGAUGAUUACUUGUAUUCCAUCUGCAGUGAACCUCUAAUAGAGCUGUCCAACCCCGGAGCCAGUGGAUCCUUGUUUUUUGUGACCAGUGACGAUGAAUUUAUCAUCAAAACAGUUCAGCAUAAAGAAGCUGAGUUCCUUCAGAAGCUACUGCCAGGCUAUUACAUGAAUUUAAACCAGAAUCCAAGGACUCUUUUGCCAAAAUUUUAUGGGCUGUAUUGCAUGCAAUCAGGAGGCAUUAACAUCAGGAUUGUGGUAAUGAACAAUGUUCUGCCACGCUCGAUGAGAAUGAACUUUACGUAUGACUUGAAAGGUUCAACGUAUAAGCGCAGAGCAUCCCGAAAAGAGAGAGAGAAGUCCAACCCAACAUUUAAGGACUUAGACUUCCUACAAGACAUGCAUGAAGGGUUGUAUUUUGACACAGAAACAUACAAUGCGCUCAUGAAAACACUUCAGAGAGACUGCCGGGUCCUGGAAAGCUUCAAGAUCAUGGACUAUAGCCUUUUGUUGGGAAUUCACAUCUUAGACAAUUCCCUCAAAGAGAAAGAAGAGGAAACCUCACAAAAUGUGCCUGAUGCUAAGCGGCCUGGGAUACAGAAAGUCCUCUACUCAACAGCCAUGGAAUCCAUCCAAGGUCCAGGGAAAUCUGGAGAUGGGAUCAUCACAGAGAACCCAGACACAAUGGGAGGCAUUCCAGCCAAAAGCCAUAAGGGAGAAAAACUACUUUUAUUUAUGGGCAUUAUUGACAUUCUACAAUCAUAUAGGUUAAUGAAGAAGUUAGAACAUUCCUGGAAAGCUCUUGUUUAUGAUGGGGACACUGUUUCAGUUCAUAGACCAAGUUUUUAUGCAGACAGAUUUCUAAAGUUUAUGAAUUCCAGAGUUUUCAAGAAAAUUCAAGCUUUGAAGGCCUCACCUUCCAAGAAACGGUGCAAUUCCAUUGCUGCCUUAAAGGCAACCUCACAGGAGAUUGUGUCCUCAGUUAGCCAGGAAUGGCAGGAUGAGAAGCGAGAUUUGCUGACCGAAGGACAAAGUUUUAGCAGCCUUGAUGAAGAAGCCCUGGGAUGCCGACGCAGACCUGACCUGGUGCCGAGCACUCCAUCGCUGUUUGAAGCUGCCUCCUUGGCGACCACGAUUUCAUCUUCUUCCUUAUAUGUCGAUGAACAUGAUCCACAGGACAGAACUACGCUUUAUUCAAACAGUAAAGGGUUGCCUUCCAGUUCGACAUUUACCUUGGAAGAGGGGACCAUCUACUUGACUGCUGAGCCGGACGCUCUGGAAAUGCAGGAUGAUAAUGCCUCUGUGCUUGAUGUCUAUUUAUAAGUGAAAAUGGUGACCACCUAAGCGCAAGGAUGAGACAAGAACACAGUUGUGGGGGAGAAGUCUCUCUGCUCCAGAACUAUCCGAAGAAACUUGGCUGAGCCCCAUGACACACAGAAUAAUAACCAACUGGACUUAGGAGUCUAUAAGGCGUUAGGGAGCCUUGCUCCAUAGGCUAAUCAGCAGAUGGGAUGUGAAAAUACCACACUAUUCUGUCAUUUGCUGUUGCUUGCCGACCUGUGAAGAACUGCAUGAGCUGUAUUUAAGCUGCUCUCUCUACCGUCGCCAAUCACCUUUUUGGACUGGGAAGUGCUAUUUUGCUAUGGACUCUUGCAUUACUUCAUUUUGCAUGCAUCCAGUGAUUAUACACAAGCAACAUAUGUAAUCUGCUAUCAUAUUUUUAAGAAAAUCCAUCCAUGCAAAAUGGUAAAGUAUAAAUUCUGCUCUUUUUUUGCAAAAUUAUAAUCAUAGUUCAUGUCAUUGAAAGUUUAAAUUGGUUUCAUUAAAAGAUCAGUGUAAUAGGUCUGCCUAUACUUUAUAGAAAACUAGCUUCUAUAAAGGUUUUUUCACUGUUUACUAGUGAAAUGAGAAAAGCAAAGCUAUUUAUAAAAGGCCUUAUGUCAUGUACAUAUAUUGUCUCUGAAAUAUUUGUGAUUUAGUUUAUUGCUUGUAAAAGAGAAAUUAUAUAAUUUAUUUAGUAAAUACUACUGUAAACUAUAGUUUUAUUGAGAGAAAUAAAAUAUUUUGUUCUCAA